CAUUUUUCUUUCCAGAACAUAGGUGAGUGGCGUAUGGCCGCUCAAGCUGCCAGCAACCCAGAGAAGGUUGCAGAAAAUGGGCCACUCAGAGUCUUCUUGAGAGACAUCCAGUGUAAAGACAGACAAUGUAACUCUGUCUCCUUUAAUUUCUGGAUGAAAAACAAUGGAGUGUGUGAAAAGUUGUCCGCAGUCGGAAACAGAGCACCUGGUUCUGAAGAAUACACCACUUCUUUCGCAGGAGAAAAUUACUUCAGUUUCUGCUAUCAGUCCGAUAACGUGUUGGUCAUCUGUGUCCGGAACACCGAUGAAACUGGAACCGUCACAGAUGUGGUUGAAGCUGCUAUAAGACCUGGCUAUGAACCCACUGACGCCGAUCGCAAAAUGUACGAAAAAUUGGUUAAGAAACACGGGAUUCCCAAAGAAAACAUCAUGCGUACCCUAUCCGAAGAUACCUGCCCCCAGUAAGAAGAGCUGUUGGACAUCUCGAGAUCAUGAUGACAGAACGCAGCAUCAUCUCAGAUACCCGAAUCAUGAGUCAAAUUGUAAUUCCUUCUUUCCCGCUAUCAUCGUGACCUCAGCCCGUGUUUUUCUCUUCCUUCAUUUCUCACCCUCUAUUUUAUCCCAUUGGAUGCCUAAAUUAAUAAACUGAUUAUUCUAUGCACAAA